AGUGUUCCAUUCGUCUCCGGGCCAGCUUUUUAACAGCUCUCAGGGUGUUUGCAACGUUGGAAUGACGGGUGAAGAGUUGAUGUUGAAAUUGCUGGACAGAAAAUGGACAUUGAAAAGCCCUGAUUCUAAAAUUCACCAAAUUGUGCUUUCUGCUAUACCAGGAAAGCAUGGAGAUGGGCUAUUUGGUAACAUUUCCUUUUUAAACAAUUCUAGUCCAUGUCUUGGUGAUCACAUGAUCAAGAAAGAUAAGGAUCAAUGCUUCUAUGUCAUUAGAGAUGAUUUGUUGCAUCCUCUGGUAAAUGGUAAUAAAGCACGAAAAUUGGAUGGAUUGCUUCCUAUCCUUGAAGAUCAUUCUGUGACUGACGUGGUUACCUGCGGAGGUUGUCAAAGCGCUCAUGCAACAGCUGUGGCUGUUUCAUGUGCGGAGAGAGGAUUGAAAUGUCAUUUGCUGCUGCGAGGGGAGCAGCCCGAGGUUCUGACUGGCUAUAACCUGAUUUCUACAAUCUAUGGAAAUGUCACAUAUGUGCCAAGAUCCCUCUAUGCCCAAAGGACCGAAAUGCUAAAGUCUCAUGCUCAUUUGAUUGCAGGCAAUAAUGGUCAUGUUGUCUGGUGUAAUGACAUGUUUGAGGCGUCUUUAACAGGGCAGACACCCUGGGCUUCAGACUUUGUGCAAACUGGUGCUCAUAGAGAUGCUGACAACUGCUCAAGAAAGGUUGUAAUUGUCAAUGAAGGAGCAGGAGAUUGUGUAGCAUUACUAGGUGUCUUCCGCCUAGUUCAGUACUUAUCCCAGGAUCAUUUACUUGGAAAGAAGAGGGCUGUCAAAUUUAUUGUGGAUGCCGGUACUGGUACAACAGCUGUUGGUUUAGGACUUGGAGCCAUAUUUUUAGGGCUUCCGUGGGAGGUAACUGCAGUAAUGCUUGCUGAUACAAUUGAUGGGUACAGGCAACAUGAGGAACGUCUGAUUUCUGAGUUUCAGAAGAUAUUUGGUUUUCUACUCGACGACAACACUUUAAAUAAGGUAGAUGGUGGAAUCGUGCAUUGGGCAGAACGUUGUCAGCCAAGAAAAUUUGGCAAUGUGUUGGAAGGAGAAGUAGAGGCAUGCAAACAAAUUGCACAGCUCACUGGUAUUUCAGUAGAUCCUGUAUACACUUUAGCGGCUUGGGAGAUGGCAACACUCCUUAGUGACAAGGAAUUGAAGGAGGAUACAAAUGUUGUGAUGCUUCAUACUGGUGGCACGCUUGGCAUGUUUGGAUUAGCCCAGAGGUAUAAAUCCUACUUCAAUGGUCUUAAAGAUGGAUUUUCCAUCUAAAGUAACACUGAUUUUGUAUUACUAUAUAUCAGGCGUUAUUUUGGUGCAAAUCACUGAAAGCUUGUGUGUUGUUAUAUGCUUUU